AUGCCAUCGACGAUUGAAACAUCGACCGGGGAGGGAACCACGCAUUCGGUUGCUUUUGCGUCUGCUCCAGGACGCAGAUCAGAAGGAAAACGAAGGUCUGGGGAGUUACCGGUCCGGCCGAGCGAGGAGUUCGAUAGACGUUACGACGGUCCUUUCGCGAGGCCCGUAAAAAACGUGACGGGAGACACCCUCAGGAGGUCGCAAUCCCAGAAUCGACCGUCGACGAGUCGUUCGGCGCGGGAUGCCGCUCUUGUGGUACAAGAACCGGCAACCGAUUUAGAUUCCGUCGCUCGGGAAACGGCAUUUUUGGCGGAGCCGCCGCGGCUUAACUACACCUUACGCACGCGAAAGCUAUCAAUAUUUUUGUGGUGGACGGUCAUCAUUAUUGACUCGGUGGCGAUGCCAAUUGGGCUCUACUUCGGCCUUUGGUACGGCGUCGGUCCCGGUGCGCCGAAAGAGAGGCGGAAACUAUCCGCUAACGCCGUGUUCUCAAUCGUUACGGCCGCCAUUGGCGGCGCCAGUAUUCUCGAGUAUUUCCUGAGGAUGUGGAGUCUCUGGAAGAAGGAUAGUGACUGCCGGGUUAUUGCUGGGGGCAGAUGGCACUUGGACUGGUUCCACUGGAAUUUUACGCUUGCCUGGCUCAUCGUCAUGGUUGAGCUUAUCGUUGGUAGCGUCCAGGAGAACCCAUACAUUCGCCUCAUCGCCAUGGCUCCUACAACAAUGCUUUUCGUCUUCGGCACAGAGCUUCUCAUCGUCGACACCAUGCGAUUUUUCCAUUUACCCGCACCAGUCAGGAUAUCCUCGAUACCAGGGGGGGCACAACUGAGGCCUGGGAUCUACAGUCUCGUUGAGGAUAUAUGUGCGGUCGACGGUGGUGGGGGAACCGCCUUCCGCGAGGCUCUUGAUCGUCGCUACGAGGCGAGCCACGUCUUCCGAACCAUGCUUCGUCGGCUCGGUAUAUUCUGGGCAGUUGGGGCCGAAGGAAUGGCGGUGCUAUGUACUAUUCUCAUCUUCACCGUGGAGGUGGACUAUGCUUAUGCAAUCGGCUGGUCCGUCCCGUUCGUAUGGGCCGGCGUAUGGACUCUUAUCACGAUCUGGUACGUAAAGAUCGAGUUACGACGCGAGAAUAGGGAGUGGGCUCGCGACGCAGCCAGCAAACCCAGUGCAUGA